GCUGUGACCACCUAACUGCGAGUGCCCUGGCUGGACCAGCUCGUCCCGCUUCACCUCCUUAAGUUACAUCUUGGGCUUUGUUCCUGCGUCGAGAUGCCCUUCUCUUUCGUCCCAAGGUGCGCUAUGCAGCGGCGCGUGUUGUCCAGAUCCAAAAGUUGGGGAGAGUUGAAGGUUACAAAAGGUCUAUGAGAAUUUAAAGACCUCAGACCCAACAGAUCCAUCAUCCGCGAGUCAGGGAUGCCCUUUGCAAACGUCAAGCAUGCAUGACUAGCAAAUCCCCGCCCACCGGACCCUACGACCUCCAUCUUCAUCUCCAUCAACUCCAUAAACUUUGACGAUAGCGUCCGAGCUUUCAAGCUUCCAAAGCUUCCACCCCGGGCAUCGGCCAUCCGCUAUCUAGAUCUCCAUCCGAUCGAGCGACCAAUAUCAACCAAAGGACCGACCGCCAAAUUUUGAGACAAGAUCUCUUUGGCAAGACAACCACAAAUACCCAUCGUGACAACACAUCACUCACCACGGUGAUUUGUCACCAAAACAAACAAACAAACGAAACACAGCAAUAAUGUCAUCCGCAACCCCCUCCCCCGUCCCCAGCUCCGCCCACGGGCACCACAAACGGCACUCCAUCCUGCCCGCCGUCUCCCAAUCCGGCCCAAAGCCCCCCGUGCAAUUCUCCUCGUCCUGCACCAUCGCCGACAGCGCCCUGCUCACCGGCCCGCACACCAUUAUCGUCAGCACCGAAAGCGUGAUUCACCCGCGCGCGCGGCUCGAGUCGCUAGGCGGUCGCGUCACGGUUGGACGGCGCUGCAUCGUGCACGAGCGAGCUUGCUUGGGGGCGGCUGACCUCCAGGGGAGGUACCACAAAGGGAGUCCGGAUAAGGAGGGCCGCUCGAUGGGCGCGGUAACACUGGGGGACUACGUGACAGUCGAGGUGGGCGCGCAGGUUGAGAGCGGCGGGACGGUAAUUGGGGAGGGCACGACGGUGGGCAUUGGGACGAGGGUUGGGGCGGGGGCUGUUGUUGGGAAGCAUUGCACCCUGACCGCCAACAGCACCGUUGCAGCAGGUGAGGUUAUUCCAGACUACACGGUGAUUUACUCGAACGGCCUACGGAGAAUCGACAGGAGAGGAGUGUCGGAAUUGAAGAACAAAGCACAAGCGCGCCAAAUCGAUGUUCUUAGACGAAUGAUACCCAGCAACCCCGGAAAGUUCCAAUAAUACCCAGAUUACUCCCUGGUGUGCUGGUAAUGAGUUCACAUGCGGUGCUCUAUUGUUCUGGCUGCAUGUGAAAGAGACUUAUCAUCACAGAAAUCUUACGAUGAUGGCAUCCCAGAAUCCACCGAUAUUGCGUGGCAUACAGAAAGAGACAUGUCAAAAGGGGUUUGGUUAUCAAUUCCUUCCAUACUAGGGCUAUGAAUGCAUUUAAACAAAAAGAGAGGAACAGCUCGACUCUGCGGAAGAAAGUGGGGAAAAUAGCUGGAGGGUCGUGACAAAAGGCUAUGGGAGAAGAGAAAAAAGAUGGAUAUUGACGAAGGGGAAAUGCAUCACCAAGAGAAAACGGUAGCUCGGAGUCCCAUGUUGCGGAAAAUGCAAAAAAAUGAAGGAACGAUCGGGAAUUGAGCCCGACGUGGGGGUCGAACCCACAACCUUGAGAUUACGGAGGAACUCCUUAAGAGUCUCACGCUCUACCGAUUGAGCUAGCCGGGCAAGCGACUAUCAAUCACUCCUUGAUGGAAGGAACCCUGGGUCCAGCUCCUAUAACGUUCAUUUUACUAAAAAUCCCAACGUUCAAUGCAACCAAAAC